ACUGUAAAUACGGCUAAAGUCCAUACUGUAAAUGUGCAUGAAUGAACAAUAAGUUGCAUUGUGUCUCAAAACCUAAAAAAUAUUACUCGAUCACCAUGUCUUUUGCAACCAGAUUGAUGAGCAUGGUACUCUCUCUUCAAAUCAUUGCAGCUUUUCUCUUUAUUACCGCCGCAGCCUCAUCACCUCCCAGCGGCUUCACCAUGGACCUAAUCCACCGCCGCACUAAUUCAUCUUCUUCUCGACACUCUAAUCCUGAUGAUCUCCGAUCAUCUCCUCGCGCUGACGUCUUCUUUGAUACAUCCGAGUAUCUUAUGAAACUCCAAAUCGGUACACCUCCUGUCGAGAUCGAAGCAGUCUUAGACACAGGAAGCGAAGUCAUAUGGACACAAUGUGUGCCUUGUCUUAACUGCUACUACCAGCGUAAUAUAAUAUUCGACCCUUCCAAGUCCUCGACCUACAAAGAGAGAAUAUGCAAUACCUCUGACCAUACUUGUGAUUAUACUUUGCUAUACGGAGACCAAAGCUAUUCCGAAGGAAUCUUCGCAACCGAGACCAUCACCCUCCAGUCCACUUCUGGCCACUCCUAUGUAAUGCCUAAAACCCUUAUUGGAUGUUCGCACAACAGCUCAGGGUUUGGAGCAACAACCGCUUCGGGCAUUGUUGGUCUAAGUUUGGGGUCUUUAUCUCUCAUCUCUCAGAUGGGCAAAGACAUGCUUGGUGCCUUUUCUUACUGCUUUUCGCCUGAGAGAACUAGUAAGAUCAGCUUUGGAAGUAACGCUAUCGUGUCAGGAGAAGGGACUGUAUCAACACCUAUGUUUAUGAAGAAGGAGAAACCUGGUUUCUAUUACCUAAACCUCGACGCAGUCAGCGUUGGGGAGACUCGCGUUGAAACAUUGGGGACACCGUUUCACGCCGUAGACGGUAACAUUGUCAUAGACUCUGGAACAACUUUGACGUACUUGCCAGCUAGCUACUGCAGCCUAGUGAGGGAGUCAGUGGAGAAGGUUGUGACUUCAGCGGAACGAGUGACUUUCCCGGACCUCGACACGCUUUGCUACAAAACAAACACGAUGGAUAUCUUCCCAGUGAUCACAAUGCAUUUCUCUGUAGGUGCAGAUCUUGUUUUGGAUAAAAACAAUACGUAUAAGGCUAUGGAUAACGGAGAAGCCAUCUGUCUGAUGAUUUUGUGUAGUCCGAUGACACCAGUUGCUGAAGAGGCUGUCUUUGGUAACAGAGCGCAGAACAACUUCUUGGUUAGUUAUGAUCGUUCUUCAUUACAGGUUUCGUUUAAACCCACCGAUUGUGGUGUUACAGAAGACAAACCAAGAGACUCAACUUCUGCAGCAUCGUUUUUACAGUUUAACAUUAAGUUUGUUUUAUUUUUAGUUGUCCUUUCUCUAAUAAGACUAUAG